AUGGACAGUCGGCCGGUCAAGACGAUACCCAUUCACGAUCACUUGCGGAGCAAGCUGUGCGAUUUGUACGAAAAUGAUUGCAUCUUUGACAAGUUUGAAGCGCUGUGGGGACCGGAUGGCAAAAAGGUCUUGACGGGAAGCUACAACAACUAUUUCCACAUUUUCGACAAGGAGGAGGAGCAGGAUGUGGUGCUGCAGGCGGAUAAGAGCGCUUUCAAGAACAAAAAGGCUGCUGGGAAUAAGAAAAAGGGAGGGGCGGCGGCGGCGGCGGGGAAUGGAGCGGCGGCUGGUGUGCCUGGUGCGGUCAGCCAGGUUAA